GGGAAAAGUAGAUCUGUGGCAGGUGUCAGGAAGAUGGAGGGGAUAGGUGUGGAGUUUGAAUGUCUGAAUAAGUCUAUAUGUUCAGUGUUUGACUUCCGCUGCAGUGAAACAAGGGGCCCACAAUGGCUGUGACAUGCGGCUAAGGAGGACAAACCGGGUCUGAACUGAGCUCCACCAUCAGGCUUGAGCUCAGGGUGGAGGUUUUUAUGGAUCCACCAGCACAGAGAGACAUUACGGUGUGAUUAGAGAAACAUUCAGAGGCCAACUCCACCGAAUAGGAGAAGUAAAGUAUCAAGGGUGUGGCCUUUCAUUCGAAAAAAAAUGAGAGCAUCAGGGGGAAGUGGAGAGCUACAUAUGCAUGCUUUGGAUUCAGUGCAGUUUGUUAUUUUCAAUUGAGCUGGUAUUUGCUCAAAAACACUAAUUAUAUUUCUACUGUUGCAGGGUGGAAGUAUGACCUAACACUUCAACGCAUCAACUCCAAUGCACCACGGCUUACAGAGGAAACACCCUGCACCCAAUAACAUGCACUGAAGCAAAGGAAGCAGCAGCAGCAGCAGCACGGUCAGAUCUGUGAAAUGUGCAGCGUCUCUGCUAAGUCAGUGUCACGUUAACCGAGUUGGACAACACAUCCAGCAAUCACAGACAGACCGACAGACAGACAGAGACAGACAGACGAACAGACAGACUGAAAGACAGUCAGUCAGUUAGUCAGUCUGAAGGACACAAACAGACGAAGAGCUCGGCCGGUCUGAAUGUGAACUGAAACAGCCAACAGGAAGAGAUGAGGAGAGUUCGGAAAAAAGGAGGAAACAAAGAGAAGGUGUUUGGAUGUGACCUGCUGGAGCACCUGACCACCUCCUGUCAAGAGAUUCCUCAGGUCUUGCAGUGCUGCAGUGAGUUUGUAGAGAAGCAUGGCAUCGUGGAUGGUAUCUACAGGUUGUCUGGCGUGUCGUCCAACAUACAGAAACUGAGGGGUGAGUUUGAGAGCGACGGGAGUCCAGAUCUGAACAAGGAUCUGUACCUGCAGGAUAUCCACUGCGUCAGCUCUCUGUGUAAAGCUUAUUUCAGAGAGCUGCCCAACCCUCUGCUCACAUACCAGCUGUACGACAAGUUCGCUGAGGCUGUGGCUAUCCAGCUGGAGGAGGAGAGGCUGGUAAAGAUCACAGAUGUGCUGAAAGAACUACCAGCACCGCAUCACAGGACUCUGCAGUUUCUGAUGCGCCAUCUUGUCAAAAUGGCCUCGUAUUGCUCAGAGACCAGCAUGCACUCCAGGAACUUGGCCAUCGUCUGGGCCCCUAAUCUGCUCAGGUCGAAAGACAUUGAGUCGUCCGGGUUUAACGGUACAGCGGCCUUCAUGGAGGUCAGAGUUCAGUCCAUCGUCGUGGAGUUCAUCCUCAAUCACGUGCCUCAGCUGUUUCCUGAAGAAGGUGUGUCGAGUGAGAGAAGGAAUUCCCUCCCCUCACCGUCAGCAUUGCCCAAUCAGGACGAAAGGUUUUUCAAAUCAGGACCUAUCCCCCACAUUGGUAAUAUCAGUCCAGGAGGCGGUCCCAUACUCAUGAGACCCUACCACGCAAUCAUUGAAGGCACUGACAAGAGGAAAGGAUCUCUUAAAGGCAGGAAGUGGAUGUCGAUCUUCAACAUCGGAGGACGAUUCCAGGACCCACGACGGAGGCACAAGCACUCAGCGAAAGAGAAAGAAAUACCUCCUUUGAGACCAGCAAGAAGCAUGGACUCCCUCAGCAACCCGCCCUAUCCAAAUGAAGGUUCCAGACGGUCCGGCCAGCGCCCUCCGUCCACCAACAUGUCUACCCUCGUCACCUCCUCGCCGCAGUCUGGCUACGAGGUCCCUGGUUCCCCCGGGGCGAUAGGUGGCAGUGAAUACGCCGUGACCUAUCGCAGGGGAACGGGGUUGGUAAGCGGGGGCACGGGGACGCAGGGCACCUACACUUCCCUUGACCCUGAAGGUUUAGGACUCUCGGGAAACGAGACCGUGCAGUCCAGGUCUCCGGGACUCUCCACUAAAGACGGCCGAAGAGCAGCCAUGCACAUCACGGGGCCCACCAUGGUGACCGUGCCCCUGCAUAUCACCUCUAACCUGGCAUACGGGGUGCUGCAAGGUGGCGGAGACAGGGUCAUUCACCGGGGCAGGGAUAAGGAAGGAGGGGACAGGGUGGAGGGUAAGGAGGGAGGAGAGAAGGGGGAGAGAAGGAAAGUAGAAGUAUUGAUAGGAAGGUUGAAGAAAAACAAAAGGUUGAGGAGCAGGGGAAAAAUCACAGAGGGAAAGUGACGGACGGGGAGGAAGUGAGGGAAGCAAAUGGGAAAAUGGUGGCAGGAAGGAAGCGAGGAAGAAAAGAAAGACGAGGAGAAGGAGGAAGAGGAGCUGGGAGGUGAAGGUAUGUCCAAAGAGCUACGAGCCAAAAGCGUGACCUCCAUCCGCGAGGAAGACAAUGCUGUUGAUGAUGAAUACAUGGAAAUGAAAGAUGUGCGGUCAGCUGACUGUGAGUCAGAGGUGACUCAGCGUGCUGAUGGUUGCGUGUUCGACGCUGCUGACGUCCUCAACUCAACCCAAGAGAACGAGGAUGACUACGAGAUGUCCGGCUACGUUCAAGAUAACUUUGAAUUCCUGGACCAAAUGGACUGCAGCGUCCUGGAUCACAUGGACUGCAGUGUGUCCUAUCAGGUAAACGAGUUCUCCGUCGAGCCUCCUGGUCACUCAGACGAUGAGUAUGAAGUCAUGGAGCAGGCUUGUCCUGCAGAGCUGCGGACAGACCUGCAGCAACAGAGCCCGACAGAGAUAAAACCAACGAGGCCACUCAGCAUCGACUCCUACAACCGACACACUAAAUCCCUCAGCCUGCCUUACCUGACCUCACCCAUCCUCGGAUUGGAGGAUUCCUGCUCUGAAGAGGAGGCUGAAGCGGACGACAGCGACGAUUACAGCAGUGACGAAGACGAGAGCAUGUUCAUCAAAAGCCUCCCCACUGAUUUCUUUUUAAACAACUUGACCUUUGAAACAAAAACUGGUAAAGAGGAAGGUUCGGAUGGAGUUCCUGAACACCAAUCACAGAGCUGCACAGACAGAGGAUCCCGGUCAAUGCACUUUGGGUUUCCUACAUGUGAAGAAUCAGCUGCUGGAGAUCUGGAGCAGGUAGAAGGGAAAGAUGAAGGAGAUAAAGAUGGACUGCAAGAAAAGGAGAUAACAAAAAAGGAAGAGGAAGAUCAACAGGGAAGAGAUCGUCUGGAAAACAAUGGGCAAAGCAAAAAGACAGAGGAGGAUAUCUUGGAGGAUUCUCAGAGUGACGAAGAAGAUCCUCCUUCUCCUUCUCCUCCUCUUCCUCCUCCUCCUCCCGAAGCAUUAUUACACUGCUGUGACGACUUUCCACCGCCCAGCGAGGAGGACUUUAGCAUUAUGGAGGAAGUGGACAUGUUGGACAAUGAUCACCUUGAUUCUCCUCCUAGUCAGGAAGUUCUUUAUGCCACAGAGAUAGAAACUGAUGGUGCUUGUUUAGAGGAGUUCAGAGACUUUUCCGUAACAGAGAAGCCAACGGAAGAGAGAGACAGUGAUGAGGGAGAGGAAGGAGAGAUUUACAAAGCGAUAGAGAGUGAAGGUGAAGAUAUUGUAAUGGAAAUGAAAGAAAACGAUGAGAGCAAAGCGGCAGAAAAAGUUCAGCAAGGCAAUGAAGACGAAGAAAUGCUGCAGAGAGGUGAGAAAGAGCAGGAAAGUGAUAUUUGUAGGUCAAGUAAGGAAAUGUGGGCUGAACUUGAGGAUGUUGUAUGUGAACUGGUAGAGGAUGAGGAGAGUAAACAGCUGGAGAACAAGGAUGCAAGAGAGAGUGUGUCUGGGGAAGGUGAUGUUGGAGAAGAGGAAGAGCAGGUGGAAGAGGUUUCAGGAAAGAAAACGGCUGAAGUGGAUGAAGUACAGACAGAAGUCAGAGUAGAGGCAGAGGAGGAAUCAAUGGAGACGACUGAUGAAAAACUCCCAGACACAGAAAUGCAGCACGAGAUGGAGGAAAAAGAAACAAACGUACCGAAGACAAGUGAACCGGAAGAAGGAAUUCAAGGGAAACACGUCGUCAAUGCUGAAGCACAGCGUCACGACAGAGAAGAAGUAACUUCAAAAGAGAACAAUGACAAAGCUGAUGAGCAACGUCAGGUGCAACAAUGCAUAGAUAAACAUCUUAAGGAGGUUAGGUGUCAUGUAGAGGAAAGGAAAGAGGGUAGAAAGGGAGAGGAAAGUGACAGCAGCCUAGGAGGAGUAGGAAGGAAGAUUGUCAUCUCCAAAAAUCCGAAGGUUUACCAAGUCAAAGCGGUGCCGGUGGUGCCUCCGAAGCCACAGCACUGCAAAUUCACGGCCCAGAAUAUCCGGCAGCAGCAGCAGCAGCAGCAGAAGGAGAGAAGAGACGCCUACAGAGAGAGAGAAAAUGCGUCCAGAGCCGCAACAGAGCAGGACGGUGCUGGAGACAGUGAAGAAGAGAAAAGGGAGAAGCCAUCACAAGAGAGGGAGAAGAGGAGGGACGGGGAUGAGAGUAGAAACAGUCCUCUCAGCAUGUGUUUUGACGAGGCCGUUGCUAUUGCGACCAUGAGGAGGAAAAGAGAAAGAGUGCGACAAGGAGAAGGAGAGGCAGAGGGAUUGGGGAAAUGA